UUUGAAAACAAAACAAACAGCUGCCUUUUAUUACAUUCGUUUGCCUUUGUUUUGCUUGUCUCAAAUUCUAUAACUCUUUGAUUUCGGUGUAAACGUGCUCUGAAAAUAAAAUAUGUGGAUCAAUUAUUAUUGACAGGAUGUGAUGUACCUUGCAAAAAAAAGAUGACAACACAGCAUGAAUUCAAAAUCUGAUUCAAAUUAUUUGUUGGUAAAAUUUUCGCAAUGGAAGUUAAAUUUCGAUUCUCGCAUAGAGAAAAAUCUGGAAUCUCUUGUCAAGGUUAAGGGAUGUGACACUAAGGAGAAUAAAAGCCGGGUUUCAAACCAAUGCCCUCGUGACUCGUGCACACACACGAGUAUAGGUAAAAUCGAUUGGAGCACCUGGUUUGUGUAUAUUCUCAUUAUCUCAUACGACACUGAGUGCAUGCAUGCAUUUUUUUCUGUCGGUUUCUUUGCUAACAAAAAAAAAAGAAAAAAAACUCAACGAAAUGUUCGAUCCUAGCUUCAAACAUUACGUAAAAGCACACGUAACUUUGAAACAUUGAUAUUCCCACUCUCUUCAAAUUUUCCCUCAUACGUCGAUACUUGACUAUUCUUUUUAAUCGUAGCGCCUCAUGGCUCGCGCAAAAGUGCACACGAGGCAUGCUCAAUUGUCAUUUUGCCGAAAUUAAUUUUGUCGCCUUUUUUUUUUUUUAUUUUUUACACACAUAAUUUACAAAAUUUAAUUCUCUCACCUCCGGUUUAAUCAAAUCACUAGUAUUUAGUGUCGGUGACAUCUUCAUAAUGUUGUUUUUUUUUUUUUUUU